GCCCCGCGCCUCCAUGGAGCCGCCUCCGAAGCGCAGCGUGGCCGUGUCCGCCGUCUAGAGGGUGGAGCCGCAGGGAGCCCCUCGCUCUCCAGCCGCGAAGCCCCCGCCGGGGCCUGCAGGUGGCAGCCCGCGAGCCGCCCGCGCACGCGGGUUCUCUGUUCCUUUUUUCUCCUCAACCACUGGGGUUAAAAAAAAAAAGCUAAAGCCACCUGUUUUGUUUUUACACGUGUCGCGGCUUGGAUUUCGGCCAGGCCUUUUGUGGUGACGGGAAACCCAGGACAGGCGCCCCGGCCCAGGGGCGCGGCCGGGCGGACUCCGGGGCGCGCAGACUCGGCCCCGCGUGCCAUGAACCUCCGCGCCGGAGGCGGCAGCAGCGGGCGCCGCGGAUCAGCGCAGCGGGGCGGCCGGGCGGAUCCAGCGCAGCCGGGAGGCCGGGCAGAUGCGGGGCGGCGCGGCGGCGGUCAGGUGGGAUGCUAUGGAAUAUGAUGAGAAGCUGGCCCGGUUCCGGCAGGCGCACCUCAACCCCUUCAACAAGCAGUCUGGGCCAAGACAGCAUGAGCAGGGCCCUGGGGAGGAGGCCCCGGACGUCACUCCUGAAGAGGCCCUGCCUGAGCUGCCCCCUGGGGAGCCAGAGUUCCGCUGCCCUGAACGCGUGAUGGAUCUCGGCCUGUCUGAGGACCACUUCUCCCGCCCUGUGGGUCUGUUCCUGGCCUCUGACGUCCAGCAGCUGCGGCAGGCGAUCGAGGAGUGCAAGCAGGUGAUUCUGGAGCUGCCCGAGCAGUCUGAGAAGCAGAAGGAUGCCGUGGUGCGUCUCAUCCACCUCCGGCUGAAGCUCCAGGAGCUGAAGGACCCCAAUGAGGAUGAGCCAAACAUCCGAGUGCUCCUUGAGCACCGCUUCUACAAGGAGAAGAGCAAGAGUGUCAAGCAGACCUGUGACAAGUGUAACACCAUCAUCUGGGGGCUCAUCCAGACCUGGUACACCUGCACAGGGUGUUAUUACCGCUGUCACAGCAAGUGCUUGAACCUCAUCUCCAAACCCUGUGUGAGCUCCAAAGUCAGCCACCAAGCGGAAUACGAGCUGAACAUCUGUCCUGAGACAGGGCUGGACAGCCAGGAUUACCGCUGUGCCGAGUGCCGGGCACCCAUCUCUCUGCGGGGUGUGCCCAGUGAGGCCAGGCAGUGUGACUACACCGGCCAGUACUACUGCAGCCACUGCCACUGGAACGACCUGGCUGUCAUCCCUGCACGGGUGGUGCACAACUGGGACUUUGAGCCUCGAAAGGUAUCUCGGUGCAGCAUGCGCUACCUGGCGCUGAUGGUGUCUCGGCCCGUGCUCAGGCUCCGGGAGAUCAACCCUCUGCUGUUCAACUACGUGGAGGAGCUGGUGGAGAUUCGCAAGCUGCGCCAGGACAUCCUGCUCAUGAAGCCGUACUUCAUCACAUGCAGGGAGGCCAUGGAGGCUCGCCUGUUGCUGCAGGUCAGACUGCCAGCGGGACUGGCGCCCCAUGGGAAGCGCAGCCAGGGCAGUGAGGCUCCUCCGGCUCCAGUCUUUUCCAGACAGCUUGUGCAUGGAGUGCCUUUAGCAGAGGGUCUCCUCACCAUGGUCCCAAGGAACAAAGCAAACAGGCGUUCAGCCCACAAAAGAGUUCUCCCAUUAGUUCAGUUCGGGAAACCCUGUGGCCUUUAUGUGAAUCUCCACAGGGGUGGGUCCAGCCCAGCCCUCCUCAGGCCAGUUGACCACAAAAACAAUUUUCAAGGUUCAUCUAAUUAUUUAUUCAACAGAUACAGAUGUUCUAGAUUCUGGAACAGUGAACGGAACAGGCAGGAAGGCUUGCCCUUAGAGAGUGCCUUUCAAGUAGGGAAGACAAGAAAAACAAGUUGUGUGUUGGCGGGGUGAGCUGUGUGACAAGACAGAGAAGGAAGGGUGGGGAACACGGGGGUGCAGUGUGGCUGGGAGGGGCUGCAUUGGGGAGUGGAGGGCGGCGGCUACACGGGUCAGGAAAUGUGGCCCAGGCCCAUCUUCCCCUGUUGGCUUCCUGGGGCUCCUGGAUUCUACUCCUGGGGCCCAGACCCUUCUGUAGCUCGUUUCUCUGGACACCCGGGCCCUGACUGCUGGAGCGACCAUGGGUGGGCAGUGGGAGGGGCCCUCCCCAGUGCAGCGGUCAGAGCUGCUGGGACUUGGCAGCUCCAGGAUCGGCAGCAUUUUGUGGAGAACGACGAGAUGUACUCUGUCCAGGACCUCCUGGACGUGCAUGCCGGCCGUCUGGGCUGCUCGCUCACCGAGAUCCACACGCUCUUCGCCAAGCACAUCAAGCUGGACUGCGAGCGGUGCCAGGCCAAGGGCUUUGUGUGUGAGCUCUGCAGAGAGGGCGAUGUGCUGUUCCCGUUCGACAGCCACACGUCUGUGUGCACUGACUGCUCUGCCGUCUUCCACAGGGACUGCUACUACGACAACUCUACCACGUGCCCCAAGUGUGCCCGGCUCAGCCUGAGGAAGCAGUCGCUCUUCCAGGAGCCAGGUCCCGAUGUGGAGGCCUAGCACUGAGGAAGAGUGCUGGGCACCCUGCCUGGCCCGCCGGGACCCACCCUGCCAACGUCAAGUUGUUCGUCCUGCUCUGGAGACCGCUGGGGUGUGGCCCCUGGACCCCUCCACCCCUGCUGGGUGGGCAGUGUCGAGGACCGUUGUCUCCCAGGUGCUUGCUGGGACUCGAGGCGGCUGCACCUGGGUGUGCUGCUGUGAGGGGUCAUUGCGUGGCCCCCAUCCUUCCCCCAAUGGGCAGGGAGUUGGGGGGACAUCUCACCUCCCCCAUGGCACAGAACCCGCCACACCCCUAGACCAGGGCAUCUGGGCCCUAGAGAUUCCACAGCUCCCGUCCUGGCCACCCUGGAAACUCAUCAGGCCAAGAAUCCAGGAGAGCUUCAGAGGAGUGUUGAGUAACACCUGAGGAUGUGGCUGCGCACACGCAGCCAAGGGCUGAGUCUCACCUGCAGUGGGGUUUCGGCUCGGCCUGGAGGCUCCAUCCCUUUCAGCCACUUGUCGCCUUGGGGACUUCUGGUUGUCCCCAGCUGGGGCUGUUCACAGUUGUCACCUGUAGACCUGCCUCUACCCUGGCCUGAGAUUCAAAGGCCUCAUUGGGUGGUCAGUCCAGUGGGGCUACCUGUUGUUUCUGUAGAACAGCAGGGAAGGGGGCCGUGGAGCUUUUCCCUGCUGGGCGCUCCUGCCUUGGCCCAGCCCCUUUCCUGGUGCUCCAAGCUAGGAGGCCAUGGCCCCCAGCCUGAGGAGGGUGUCCUAGCCUCCAGGUGUGGAGCAGGGACUGUGUGCUGUGGGAGGUUUCAGUUCCUGGCCUCCAGGUGUGGAGCAGGGACUGUGUGCUGUGGGAGGUCUCAGUUCCUGGCCUCCAGGUGUGGAGCAGGGACUGUGUGCUGUGGGAGGUCUCAGUUAGGCGAUGGGAUCCUACAAGGGUCUGGUGGCAUUUCUCGGAACCAGAUUUGCCUGAGGAACUCUGUUCUGCUGCCUGUGGAGGUCUCUAGAUAGCUCGGAAACGACCAGCCAGUGGCCUUUUGUUUGGGGGCCUGAGGUCAAGAGCUGAGAGUAUUUGCUUGACAGCCCAUUCAGGAAGAUCAGGGCAGGGGCGUGUGGGAGGUCCCUCACUCCACAGGACAGAGGCCCCUGGACAGCAGAGGAAACCUACAGCUCUGGGUGAGGGGACACUUGGCUUUGGUGUUUGCACUUUACAGAUCCUGCGGUCCACGAGGGGCCUCAGGAGAGGACAUGUCAGGACAUGGCUUCCCAGCCUUCUACCUUGGGAAGUAGGGGUGCUCCUGUCUGUCCUUUUCCCCCACACCCCGGACUGCACUUGGCUGUUGGUGCACAUGGUUGGCACACAUGGUGGGCAGAGGGCAGAGAAAAUGUCACUGCUUGGAUAUUUGUCCCCUUUGACCAGGAAGCCCAAGAGGAGACACCUCAGCCAGCAGAAAGGCCACCCAGCUCACUGACUCAUUCCAGGAGCGGGAGAGACGGCAGGGUCUCCUCUUUGCCCUCCGCCAUCAGGAAGGGGAUGGUGUCCUCUUCCGACUGUGGUGGCUUUAGGCGAGGUUCUUACUGUCUGCUCUGCCUCGGUUUCCCCAUCUGGAAAAUGGGGGCAGGGGUACUGACCUACCUCAGGCGGCAAGGUGAGCAGGGAACACGUUGGAGUCCUUUAGAGAGUGUGAUGUGAGGUUGGAUCAACAGUGUGGGUUCUUGUCCUGCUUCCCCUUCCUCUUUGGGGCUGAGGAGGGGGUUAAAGGCCAAAUGCUGUUUCCCAACACCCCGAAGUCUGCACACGUCUCGUGAUUGCACCACACUUCUGUCAUACGGAUAUUAGCCAUUCCGAAAUCUGUGUAUGUCAUACAGAUAUUAGCCAUUCCGAAAUCUGUGUGAUCAACUUCACAUUAUCCAAGUUACAAAUCACUGUGUCCAUAGAAAAACUAUGCUGGCAUUUGGUGGACAAAGGGUUGGGCCCCUUUAAUUUUUACCUCCACCCAGCAUCUCCCCCACCUGCCCCUUCUGGGUGACAGAGUCUGUAAACAGAAUCAUGUAUGGGUCUUUGUCUGAGUCUGUAGCACAGCAGGAAAAGCCCAGCAAGGACCCAGUUUGCACCGUCAGCACCCACACCAUGGGUGGUCCCACAGCACGGGACCAAGCUGGCCUGAGGGAUGCCCAGUUGUAACAAUGCUGCUGUCACUGUCUCAUUAAAUGUAUGUCCUUUC